UGGAGUGACAUAAUGGAAUUUUUAGGGCUAGAAAGCGAGCGAGGUCUGGAGCUGCGCAUAGCAGUCGUGCCAAUCGGGAAAAGACAAUAUCGUCCUCGGGCUGAAGAGACACAUCAGAGCCCCCCAACACAUCAGCACAAGUGGUCGUCUGAUACACACGAGAAGAGGGGAAAACAGAAAGAAAAACAAACAAGGAUCAGCUGAUUUCCUCAUGUUUGGAAAAGGAUUGCAACACUCCCUCAUGUGAGGGUGGAGAAUGGAAACAACCCUCUACCCAGGCACCGUGAACACUUCGAGGGUCCACAGCAUCUACUCCCACAGCACCAUGAUGAAGAAGGACAUUAAUCUGAACCUGGACGACCACAACUCCGAGCUCAAAUCCAACACAGAGGGACUCCUCAACUCCCCGGAUUUGGGGCUCUUGAAGCUGACCUCCCCGGACUUGGAGCGUCUUAUCAUCCAGUCAAACGGACUGGUCACCGCCGCCGGCCCGGCCUCCCAGUUCCUCUACCCGAAGUCCGCCAGUGACGAGCAGGAGUUCGCGGAAGGUUUCGUGAAGGCGCUGGAGGAUCUCCACAAGCAGAACCAGCUGAGCGAAGCGGGGUGCGUGUCCGUGGACAGGCUGGAGCUCCUCGGAUCCGCCAACGCAAUCGUCUCCGGCGGACUUCAUGCUUCAGACCUUCCUGUUUACACUACAUUGAACGGCUAUGCGGCCAGUCCACUCGGAGCCAGCUCCAUCAACUACUCCACGGACAGCAUCCCCUUCCCUCCUCCUCCGUCUCAUCUGGCCGGCUCUCAGCAGCAGCAGGCGGCUGCGGCUCUCUCACGACUCCAGUCGGCUGGGUUGGUGAAGGACGAGCCUCAGACUGUACCAGACAUGCAGAGCUUCGGGGACAGCCCUCCUCUGUCUCCCAUCGAUAUGGACAACCAGGAACGCAUCAAGGCGGAGAGGAAAAAGCUGCGGAACCGGAUAGCCGCCUCCAAAUGCCGCAAGAGAAAACUGGAGAGGAUCUCUCGGCUGGAGGACAAGGUGAAGAACCUGAAAACACAAAACACCGAGCUGGCCUCCACAGCCAGCGUCCUCAGGGAGCAAGUGGCCCAGUUAAAGCAGAAGGUGAUGAACCAUGUCAGCAGUGGAUGUCAGCUUUUACCAAACCAGGUGCAGGCUUAUUAAAUCUCACUUAUGGAGCUCUUCCUGGAUGUUUAUACGACUCUAAAAACAUUUGCAUUUUUUUUGUAACACAAAAUCUUUAUCAUUGAUAUGAGGCCAUUGUAAAUGAGCAAGCCUGUAACUGAGGAGCAGAGGACAUUUGCACCAGCACAGUGCAAAAAGACAGACAUUGAUGAGAGCUGCAAUUCUACUGGAAUAAUGACAGGUUAACCAGCAGCAGGUGUGGGCUGCAGCCUCCUUUGAUUCAUGAAAAUAUGGCAGUGUUGCAGCAAACAGACUCAUUUUGUUGCCCUACAUUUUUUGGGAAGCCAUGUAGCAAACUGCUAUAAAGUGGACUAGUGUGGGAUAGUGUUUAUAUGUGUGUAAGCUGGACAAUCUCAAGACGAGUGCAACCAAACACCGAGGUGUCACCAAGUGCUGUCACCCAAUGUGUAAUAUAAUGCCUUACUUGUUUACAAGCACUUAGCAAUGACAAAUAUAUAUAUUUUAUUUACUGAAACAUUUCUUAUUUUACAUAUGGUCUUACUUCUUGUUGUUCUCUCCUUUAUUUUGUUGCAAAAAUGAACACUGCAUGUCUUGUCGCUUUCGUGUUCAGUAACUAUUGUAUUUUGUUUUCAUUAUGGUGGCUGCUGUGUACUUCUUCAGUCACCAAACUUCCAUGAAUGUAUGUGUACGUGCUGAGAAAACCUAUCUAUCCAUGUGUAAUGGACUUUUAAGUCUCAAACUGACAUUUAUUAAAUUCACUACA